AUGGAGGGCUGCCUGGGGGAGGAAUCUUUCCAGAUGUGGGAGCUCAACCGACGCCUGGAGGCCUACCUGGCCCGGGUCAAGGCGCUGGAGGAGCAGAACGAGCUGCUCAGCGCAGAGCUCGGGGGUCUCCGGGCACAGUCCGGGGACACAUCUUGGCGGGCCCGAGCCGACGACGAGCUGGCGGCCCUGCGGGCCCUCGUGGACCAGCGCUGGCGGGAGAAGCACGCGGCCGAGGUGGAGCGCGACAACCUGGCCGAAGAGCUGGAAGGCGUGGCGAGCCGAUGCCAGCAGCUGCGGCUGGCACGGGAGCGGGCCUCCGAGGAGGCAGCCCGCAGCCGGCGAGCGGUCGAGGCCGAGCAGUGCGCCCGGGGCUGGCUGAGCGCACAGGCGGCGGAGCUGGAGCGCGAGCUGGACGCCCUGCGCGCCGCGCACGACGAGGAACGCGCCAGCCUGAACGCUCAGGCUGCCUGUGCCCCCCGGGUCCCCGCUCGGCCCCGCGGUCCCCCAGCGCCGGCCCCGGAGGUGGAGGAGCUGGCCCGGCGGCUGGGCGACGCGUGGCGCGGGGCAGUGCGCGGCUACCAAGAGCGCGUGGCGCACAUGGAGACGUCCCUGGGCCAGGCCCGCGAGCGGCUGGGCAGAGCCGUGCAGGGCGCUCGGGAGGGUCGCCUGGAGCUGCAGCAGCUCCAGACCGAGCGCAGCGGCCUCCAGGAGCGCAGGGAGGCGCUGGAACAGAGGCUGGAGGGCCGCUGGCAGGAGCGGCUGCGGGCCACUGAAAAGUUCCAGCUGGCUGUGGAGGCCCUGGAGCAGGAGAAGCAGGGUCUGCAGAGCCAGAUCGCCCAGGUCCUGGAGGGUCGACAGCAGCUGGCACACCUCAAGAUGUCCCUCAGCCUGGAGGUGGCCACAUACAGGACCCUCCUGGAGGCUGAGAACUCCCGGCUACAGACACCUGGUGGCAGUUCCAAAGCUUCCCUCAGCUUCCCCGACCCCAAGCCAGAGCUGCAUUUCCCUGGGACCCCAGAGGGCCGGCGUCUGGGACCUCUGCUUCCUGUUCUUAGCCCAGCUGCCCUCCCAUCUCCCUUGCCUAAUGCCCUUGAGACACCUGUACCAGCCUUUCUAAAGAGCCAGGAGUUCCUCCAGGCCCGUACCCCCGCCUUGGCCAGCACCCCCAUCCCACCCACACCUCAGGCUUCCUGUCCUGCUACAAAUGUCGCGGCCAGAGCCCAAGAUGCUCCUGUCUCCUUGGUCCAGCCGCAGGGUGAGAGCCCACAAGCUCCAGAGCUUGUGUGGGCUGAAGCCAAGGGGGCUGUCCCUGCCAGCAUCGGCCCAGGACCACAGGAGCCAGGGGGCAAGCAGCCAGAGGCCAGUACAAGCCAGUCACCUGAGAAUCAGUCCUCUUUGGCCCCACCCCUUGGCCUUGAUCAUCCCAGUUUAGAGGCUAAAGAUGGAGAAGCCAGUGGAUCUAUAGCAUCCAGCAGAUUCCAGGAAGAAAGUGAAGGGCCAAUAUGGGGGCUAGUAGAGAAAGAAGCAGCCAUAGAGGUCCACGUAGUGAGAAACUUGCAGCAGAAAACAUGGCCAGAAGAAGGAGACUUGGACAUGAAAGAAAUUCAGGAUCGGGAUCCUUUAGAAAAAGAAACCCUGAAGACUGGGGGAAUUGAGAUUCCAGAGCCACAAAUGUCCUUGGAAAACCAGAGUCAUGAGGCACUAGAGAAGGAAGAUCAAGAAUCUCCGAGGUCUUUAGAGGAAGAGAACUUAGAAUCACGAAAAGAUCUAGAAAACAAAAAUCCAGAGCUACUGAAAUCUUUAGAAGACAAAGACAUGCAGUUGGAGAGACCUUUAGAAAAGGAGGCUCCUGAACUACCCAGACUUAUAGGAAAAGAGGACUCACAAACAUUGCAAUCCUUAGAAAAGGAGAACCAAGAACUAAUGAUGUCUCUUGAAGGUAAUCUAGAGACAGUUUUAUUUGCAGGAAAAGAAUAUCAAGAAUCAGUGAAGUCUCCAGAAGAGGAAAAAUCAGAAUCAUUGGGAGCUCUCAAAGAGGAGAACCAACAGCCUCUGGGAUCUGAAGAACCAGAGGACCAGGGAUCAUGGGCAUCUCUACCAAAAGAGAAUCAGGAGUUCCUGGGGGCUCUUGAAAAUGAGAACCAGGAGACAUUUAGACCUCCAGGAAAAGAGAACCAGGAACCACCAAAGGCUCUAGAGGAAGAGGAUCAGAAGAUUGUGAUGCCUGUAGAAAAAGAGAACCAGGAGCCACUGAGGUAUCUAGAAGAAGAAGAUGGGAAGACUGACCAAGAGACAUUGAGACACUUAGAGAAAGAGACUCCACAGCCACCGACAGCUCUAGGGGAAGAAGAACAGACGACAUGGAGAUCUCUAGAAAAGGUGGAUCCAGAGGCACUGAAGUCUCUUGGAAAAGACCAAGAGAUAGUUAGGUCUCUUGAAAGAGAGAACCAAGAGUUAUCCAAGUCACCGAAAGAAGAAAGUGGAGAGGCAGUGGGGUCCUUGGAAACAAAAAAUCUAGAACCAUUCGAGUCUGCAGAAGAAGAGAACCUGGAAAUAUUGAAAUGUCAAGAAACUCAGGAGCCACUGUGGUCUUUAGAAGAAACGAAUAAGGAGACAAUGAAACCUGUAGAAAAGGAAAUUCAAGAACCACUGGCAUCUGUGGAAGAGAACCAAGAGACACCGAGACCCCUAGAAAAGGAGACUCAAGAACCACUAAGAUCUCUGGGUGAGUGGGACCUAGAGAAUUCGGGAUUCCCAAAAGAGGCAGAGAAGGAAAGUCCAAGGGAUCGGGAAGAGGAAGAGAGACUGGAGAAGGGAGAGACUCAAGAGUCACUGAAGUCGCUGGGAGAGGGAGGGCAGGAGCUGCCUUGGUCCACAAAUCAGCAGAGGUGGGAGGACAGGGCUGUGGGGGACCAAGCACUGAGCCAGGAAGCCCCCCCUGGGAGGCUUGGAGUGGGAAGUGAGGACGAGGCAGAGCCGGACCUGAGGGAGCAGGAUGGGAAGGAGGAGGUGGCGCAGCAAGGAGCGCCACAGCCCAAUGUCACAGGAGACACAGGGAGCCCAGGGAGCCCUGGGCCCGGGGAGGAGAGUGUCCCAGCUGAGGGAGCCCAUGGCAAGGGAGACACCGAGGGCCUCCAGGACGCUGCUGGGCCACCAGAGCAGGUGGGAGCCCCAGGCCUGGGAGCUUCCCCAGGAAAGCCAGAGGGGACAGAGUCCCCCAGGGCAGAUGAGGGUGUGGCCUCAGAGGGUGACCUGGAGGUCGCCUUGGGAUCAGAGACAGCCAGAGGUGAGGCUGCUGUAGGAGCCAAGCUGGGACCCGAGCAGGAGGUGAUGGGAUUGGAGGACCCAGGGCACCGGGCUGGACAGGAGGUGAUGUGGCCACCCCUGGGGGAAGAAGGUUCGGGGGCAGAGAGAGCUCAACUCUUAGAAGCACCUGGAAAGGACCUAGAGGAGGCAGAUGUCCUGGGGGCAGCUCUCUCCAAACUGCCUGGGACAAGCAGAGACCCCCUAGAGCCUUCCAAGGACUCAGAGGGGUCAGAGUCGGAGGUCCCCUGGGGAGCAGAGGAGGUGUCCCCCAUUGAGACCUCAGGAAGUGGGACCUUUCAGCCCCAGGGCUCAGAGGAAACGGAGGAUGUUCCACCAGUGCUGGGGGCCCCCAGCCCCAGGCCCCCUGAACCCUGGUUGCCCACCCCAGUCCUGGAAGAUGCCCCUGGGCCUCAGCCCCAGGAUAAGGGGAACCUGGGGGCUGACUGGGGGCUGGAAGGGGGGGCUGAAGCCCUGAGAAAGGUGGAGGGUGAGCAGGAGGAGUUAGGUCCUGGAGACAUCUCUGAAGACCCCCAGGAGGAGGGAGAGGAAAGCAGAGAAGAGAGCGAGGCGGAUGAGUUAGGGGAAACCCUUCCGGACUCCACUCCCCUGGGCCUCUACUUCCAAUCCCCUGCCUCCCCCAGAUGGGACAUGGCAGGAGAACAGAGGCCCUCCCCGCUAGGGGAAGCCAGGAAGGAGGGCUGGGAUCCCACUGCCCUGGUCUCCAAGGGCCCGGGGGCCCAACCCUCAGAGGAGGAGGAGGAGAAGGAGGAGGAGGAGGAGGAGGAGGAGGAGGAGGAGGAGGAAGGGCAGGGCCAGGACUCUGACCUGUCAGAGGAGUUUGAGGAUCUGGUGACAGAGGCUUCCCUUCUUCCUGGAGACCCCCGGGAGCUGGCAGAACCUCUGGGCCAGGUGCCCCAGAUGCUGAAGCCUGAGGUCUGGGAUGGGGAUGGGGAGUCCGAUGGGUUUGCAGAUGAGGAGGAGGGUGGGGAGGAGGGAGAAGAGGAAGAGGAGGAGGAAGAGGAGGGGAGGGGGCCGGGGGCUCGUCGGUGGGGGCCAGAGGCCUCUGUUAGCAGCCUCCAGACUCUGAGUAGCUCUCAGAGAGGGGGCCUCCUGGAGCCUGAGACCGUGGGUGUCACUGUCCCCUGGGAUGAUGGCUUGAAGGCCUCUGUGACUGCCCCGGAGACUGAGUCCCAGGACAGUGCUGAGCCCUCGGGCUCCGAGGAGGAGUCUGACUCCGCUCCUUUGGAGAGGGAGGACCCAGUCUCAGGGCCUUUACAGACUCCCGGAGGGGAGGAAGACCCGAGCCCCCGGGCAGGGGACGCCCUCAGGGUCAACGGUCAGGACCACAGCUUGGAGGAGGAGCCAGAAGACGGGAAUGGAAGGGUGAUGAAUGGGCUGCAGCAGUCCCAGGGCACAGGGCAGGGGACGCCUGAGGCCCCUGAUGGGGACAGAGAGAUCCCCUUACAGGAAGAGGAGGGGGGUGCCCUGAAGAGCCCUCGGGCAGGGGCUCCUGUCCACCUGGGCCCUGGCCAGUUCCUGAAGUUCGCCCCAAGGGAAGGGGAGGGGGAUUCCUGGUCCUCGGGGGAAGACUAG